AUGGCUAGUCUGUGCUUCUCCACCAAGGCCAGGGGGAUUCCUGAAGCUGCCUGCAGGCUUGCCGUCGGCGUCGUGCCUGGGUUACGCCUCGGCCGAUGGCUGUUGGGAGAAGCUGCUGAUGCGGCCCCGUCCAGCCUCUUUGCUAAGGUUUUCCGGUGGAGGCCGAUGAGGGUGUACAAGUGGGAACCCAUGGGACGUGGAGAUGAUGAUGAGGAGCUGGGCAGCUUCGCUUACCCCAUGGUUCUCGUCCAGGUUCCUAUGUACAAUGAGAGACAGGUGUACAAGUUGUCCAUUGGAGCUGCGUGCAGGCUGGCGUGGCCUUCUGAUAGGCUCAUUGUCCAGAUUCUUGAUGAUUCUACUGACCCAGAAAUAAAGGAAAUGGUGGAGGCGGAGUGCUCGAAAUGGGCGAGCGCGGGAGUGAAGGUGAAGUACGAGAUAAGGGACAAUCGAUCUGGCUACAAAGCUGGGGCCCUCAAGCAAGGGAUGAAGCAUGACUAUGUCCAGCACUGCGAUUUCGUUGCCAUCUUCGAUGCGGAUUUCCAACCCGACUCCGAUUUCUUGAUCCGAACCGUUCCCUUCCUCGUCCAUAACCCUGACGUUGGCCUUGUUCAGGCCCGCUGGAAAUUUGUUAAUUCCAACGAGUGUCUGAUGACAAGGCUACAAGAAAUGUCAAUGGAUUACCAUUUCAAAGUUGAACAGGAAUCGUGUUCGACCCUGUUCAAGUUAUUUGGUUUCAAUGGAACCGCUGGAGUUUGGAGAAUCUCAGCUAUAAACGAAGCUGACGGCUGGAAAGAUCGAACCACUGUGGAGGAUAUGGAUUUAGCAGUUCGGGCAUCACUUCGCGGUUGGAAAUUUGUAUAUGUUGGUGACAUUAAGGUUAAAAGCGAACUGCCAAGUACACUUAAGGCAUACCGGAGUCAGCAAUAUAGAUGGGCCUGUGGUCCUGCUAAUCUAUUUAGAAAGGUUUCAGUCGAGAUACUAAAGGCAAAGAAAGUAUCUUUAUGGAAGAAGAUCCAUUUGAUAUACAGCUUCUUCAUUGUUCGGAGGAUUAUCGCACAUAUCGUCACAUUUACAUUUUAUUGCGUGGUAAUCCCAGCAUCAGUUCUAGUUCCUGAGGUUUCAAUUCCAAUGUGGGGGGUAGCUUACAUCCCGACAACCAUUACACUUCUGCACGCCGUAGGAACUCCAAGCUCUUUCCAUCUAUUGCUUUUUUGGAUCUUCUUUGAAAAUGUUAUGUCUAUGCUUCGGAUGAGAGCAGCUUUAACAGGUCUAUUGGAGGUAGGCGAAGUGAAUGAAUGGGUUGUCACUGAGAAAUUAGGUUCUGCUCCAGAGGCAAAUACUCAAAAGUUAUCUACCAAAUAUUCUAUCAAACAAUCUCAGAGGAAGACCACAAAGAGGAUUCUUCUUCCGGAGCUGGGGAUGGCAGUGUAUCUUUUAGCAUGUGCGUGCUAUGACUUUGCAUAUGGGAAGAACUACUACUACUUCUACAUCUUCCCACAAUCCAUUGCAUUCCUCAUCAUGGGUCUCGGUUAUGUUGGAACCUUCAUCCCCAACUAGCAAGAAACACUUACAAUAUAAUGUUCAAAGAAACAUCAGUGCUUAAUCUUAUUUGAAUCUGUCAUUCUUUUAGUGAUCAUGGCACAAUGCUACUGCAUCACAAAAGAAAUUCUAACACUGUGAUGUUUUCGCUUGAUAUUGCCACAGGUGUGGAUGUAUAAACUUUUGUAAUAUUCUUAUACAAAUGUUGCCUAUUAGAUAGGAAAAUUAUUUAAUGAAAAUUUCCCAAGAAUAAUUUCAUAGUUUUGAUCAA